UCGGAUCGGACUUCCAAGUUCCCCCUUCUCUCUCCAGUCUUUUCGGAGAAAUGGGUCCAAAUCUUUCAGACCAUAACAGGUCCGUUGCUCAAAGCCCUCGAUCCUAUCGCCGAAAGCGAAAAACCAUCAAUUGUGACCAAUGCCGACGGUCCAAAUUACGAUGCGAUCGUCAGCACCCUUGCGGGUCUUGCAAGCGCCGUAACCGUGAAUUCAUUUGCUUCUAUGAGACGAAUCUAAACUCGGAAUCCCCCAGUCACCGGUCCGCACAGGCUCGAGGGUCAAGGGGGGCAAGACUUACGAGUCCUUCAGGGCUGUCUCUCCCGCUUGAGCCACCGACAUCUGAGGCAAAUCAAGCACCUCCAGACAGUAGUCACUGGGAGACGGUGCUUGAAAGACCAGUUCCGGAACAGGAUGCAGACGAUACCCUGUCUCCUCUCUCUAUGGGUCCGCAUAUGACUCUCCAAGAAAUCCUGGACGCUUUACCCCCGAGAAAUUGUUGUGACUAUCUGGUCUCCCACUUCUUCACCAACAUCUCUGCCCUGUUUCCCAUCCUCCAUGGCCCAACAUUCCAGAAGCAGUAUACUUCAUUCAUGCAACAGCCCCAUGGCGUCGACCUCUCGUGGCUGGCUUUGCUUUUCUCCAUGUGCUCGCUGGUCCUGAACACCAUGGACGCAAGCGAUCCUCGACUCGCCACUCUCUGGUCCCAGCUAUCCUUUGAUCCCACGCCAAACACCACCACUCUAUCUGCGUCUCGCCGACUCUUGCAAACCGCCAUGUCUUGUCUCUUACAAGACCAAUUCCUAAUCCGCCACAAAUUCAGCACCUUCGAGGCCCUCCUCAUGAUCAUAUACAGCACCUCCCACAACGGCUCCGUCGACCAAGGCUGGGCCUUACUCGGCAUGGCACUCAACAUGGGCAUCGCCUUACGCUGCAACACAGACGACCAGAGUCUCGGUCCCAUCGAAACCGAACGUCGCCGCCGCUGCUGGGCCGGCCUUCUAACCCUGCACACCUACCAAUGCAUCCUCUUCCGCGACGUCGACAUGUCCUUCCUCCUCGACAUCAAAGCCACCAUGCCCGUUGACGCCAAUGACUCCGACAUCACCGAGGACGGCAUCUCGCACCCGUCCCGCCGCACCCAGCCCACGCAGAUGUCCGUCAUGAUGUCCAAGCUACGCCUCUUCCGCCUCUCGACCCAGAUCUGCCGCCACAUCUCGGGCCCCUCGCGCCUCGACCAGCGCCUCCUCCACCACUUCGACGACGCCAUCGCCCAGGAGCAGAACCGCUGGGACGCAACCUACAUGGUCGACGGAUCGCCUAGUAUCCUGGACUCGACCAGCUACGCCUACUGGUGUGUCUUGCAGACCUACGCGCAUCAUCUCUACCUGCUUCUCCACCGCCCGUUCCACCACUCCAAAGCACCCUGUUUCCUCGCGUCGUCAAGAACCCAGUGCAUCGCCGCCGCCAUGGCGCUGAUUUCUCUCCAUCGCGAGAUCUUCGAGGUCCCGUUGCUUCGCAACUACCGGUGGCUACUUAACGGGGUGACGAGUCUAAAGGCACUCCACGCUGCGGUGGCGCUGAACUCGUGUCUUUUGGAUACCCCGUCGUCUGAUCGGGCCGGUGAUGUCGAUGUAGGUGUUUGCAGAGAGGAGAUCGAGAAGCUUGUUCUGCGGAUGGAGAACUUCUCGCCCCGGAGUAUGAUCUGUUUGAAAGCGCAUCGGAUACUAUGUAGUUUACAGGCUCAAUGGGGCGGCGGAAACCCUCCCCCGUCGAACUCGGAGACCCAGCCGGAGAAUAUAUUAAAGGAUUGGACGGACAUACGAGGGUGGAUGGAUGCGGAUUUUAUUAACUGGAAUUUAGAUGGGGCUUUUUCGGGGUCUUGAUGUCGUUCAUAGAGGUUGUAUCGCUGUCAUCUGCUGGAGUUACGUUUAGAAUCUGU